AUGGUCAAGGUUAUCGUUCGGCUUGUCGACGGAGAAAAUGUCAUUUUACGCCGCAGACAGAUCGAGUUGGAUCCACAGAUUUUUAUCGCGGACCUGGAGAAGGAGAUUGAGAGUCUGACGGCUAUUCAAUCUAAGUUUCAAGACGUGACAUUUCGGGGUGUUCCGCUAUCACCCGACUCUUUACAUCCUCUCGAAUCGAUCAAGAAUUUGGAAGAAAUUGUUGUCAAACACACUUAUCUGGAUAGAUGGCGUAAAUACCUCGAUGCUUCAAAGAUUGUGGAGGAUCUGAGGAUGCCAAAGGACAAGCGAACGUUAAAUGCGCAUGAGGGAAUCGGAUUGUCAGAAAUUCUGCACGCUUCCGGAUUUUUCAUGGGUUAUACCACUUAUUUUGAGAAGUGGAAUGCGACUAUCGGCGGCAUGAUGCGAUACGUCGACAGAACGGAAGAUAUUUUAAAAGAAGCCGCUACAACAUUUUUUUCGAAGAUGUAUCCAAAUUCUAACAUCGCCUUUAAGGACAAAGAAGGCGGUACCCGGAUUGGAAUCGUGGUAGUGGUCACUUGCCACGAUGAAACAACGAAUUACUAUAUGAAAACUUAUCAUCAUGCCGGAACUUCGCUUCCGGUGCAAAGCGCAGGAAAGGGAUACCCGCCAGAUCUACGCGAAAUGUUCGCAUAUAGACUUCUCGAACUUAUUGGAGUUGGGCCUGCUGUAGUCUUCCCAUUCUCUACUGCAUCGACGUACAUUCACUACAUUGCGACUAAAGAGGUCAACGAAUUCACAGAGCUGCACAAAAUUGAAGAUCUGAAUCUCCAAAAAAAAAUCGUUGUGGAGGCUUUCCUGCUCCAACUUAUCCUUGGAAUACGCGACUUGAAUGAAGGAAACAUUGGUUCAAACAUGAAGAAAACCCUAUCUAUUGUUGAUUUCUGCGUUCCAGUCGAAAAGCCAUAUCGAUGGAGUAGGAAAAGCCCACCAAAUUUUAUU